GGGCAGCGCUGCCCGCCCUCUUGCCGCGGCGGGGAGGCGGCCGGGGCGGCGGGAGGGCUGAGGGGCGGCCGUGCCCGGCGGUGCCUCCUUCUCCGCGGCAUAAAGCCUCGGCUGGUCCCCCCUCCGCCGCUGGUGCUGGGCCUGGGGAACAGCCGGCUUGUGGGGUGUUCCCGUGUCGUCCUGCAGCCCGUGUGGCUUCUGGACCCGGUGAGCGGCUGUAGAAGCCAACCCAAGGACCAUCAUCUCCUCCUCCUCCUGGGAGAGCGUCUGGCGGCUGCAGACCAUGGCUUUCAACGUCGCUUCGCCCAGACGUGGUUAAUCCAGCUUGAACUUCGUGCGCAGAACUUCAGAGCUGCUCUUCGUACAGCAAAAACUAGGCUAAAAUCAGGUGUUUUGUACAGGGAAGAAGCAGCCAAAGCCCCAGCCUGAAAUCCUGUGUCUUCUGGCGUUAGAACGAGCGGGUGCUGGAGGAGGCUCCUGGUCCGCAGCACCAUGCUGGAUCCCAAGCAGCGCUCUACAAGCCGGAGGUGAAUCCAGGUGAAAGCCAGCUCUCACAGUAGGUGUCAGGAUGACCAAAGCACGGCUCCUCCGUCUCUCUGUGGUGCUGGUCUCCAUCUUCAUGAUCCUCCUCAUCAUUGUUUACUGGGACAAUGUGGGAACGGCUCACUUCUACCUGCAUACGUCCUUCUCCAGACCUCAUUCCCCAGGAGCCAUCCCUGGCAUCACGGCAGGUGAAGACUGGGAAGCCUUGCCAGAUGUAGAUGAAUUUCUGGCAAAGCUGCUUAGUUCCAACCUGAAACAGAACAGUUCCAUCCCCCGAAAGACAGAGCAGCUCCUCGUCCAGGGCUCCAGCAAGCCUGUGGUGAGCAAUUUGGAGGAGAACGUGCGGGGCUAUGACUGGUCUACGCACAAUGCCCGAAACAGCUUGGACCAAGAGAAACUGCAGAUGGAGCGGCAGAGAACGUUGCGGGAGUUUUGUGCCAAUUCCAGCUUCGCUUUCCCUACCAAGGAGCGCUCCUUUGAUGACAUCCCAAACUACGAGCUCAACCACCUGAUCGUGGAUGACCGCCACGGCAUCAUCUACUGUUACGUCCCCAAGGUGGCCUGCACCAACUGGAAACGGGUGAUGAUUGUGUUGAGCGAGAGCCUGCUGGACCAGGGGGUGCCCUACCGGAACCCUCUGGAUAUCCCCCGGGAACACGUCCACAACACCAGCACCCACUUGACCUUCAACAAAUUCUGGCGCCGUUACGGGAAGUUCUCCCGGCACCUCAUGAAGAUCAAGCUGAAGAAGUACACCAAGUUCCUCUUUGUACGAGACCCUUUUGUCCGCCUCAUCUCUGCCUUUCGCAGCAAAUUUGAGCUGGAGAACGAGGAGUUCUACCGGCGUUUCGCCAUCCCCAUGCUAAAGCUGUACUCCAACCAUACCAACCUUCCCACCUCCGUCAGCGAGGCCUUCGGGGCAGGCCUCAAAGUCUCCUUUUCUGACUUCAUCCAGUACUUACUGGAUCCCAGGACAGAGAAGAUGGCCCCCUUCAAUGAGCACUGGAGGCAGGUUUACCGCCUGUGCCACCCGUGCCAGAUAGACUAUGAUUUCAUUGGGAAGCUGGAGACGUUGGAUGAGGAUGCUGCUUAUCUAUUGCAGCUCCUCAAAGUGGACAGGCUGCUUCGCUUCCCCCCCAGCUACCGGAACAGGACUGCCAGCAGCUGGGAAGAUGACUGGUUUGCCAAAAUCCCUCUGGCUUGGAGGCAGCAGCUCUACAAGCUUUACGAAGCAGACUUUGUACUGUUUGGCUACCCCAAGCCAGAAAACUUGCUUAAAGACUAAAAGUGAUUGGGUGGUGGGUGUGGGAGGGAACGUCUGAAAUACCAAAAAUGUUUAAAGCUUCCUCAUUUUCGCUCUUAACUCCCUUCCCCAUACAGGUUGGUACAACGGAAUAUAUUUUUUCUACCACUUCCCCUUCCAUUUUUGCAAUAAUGCCAGAGUCCAGGGUGUUCCAGCCGUGCAUCUGCAAAAAAUGCCAGAUUUUUUUGGUUAUCCCUUGUUUUCUGGGUUUUCUUUUUUUAAAACGUCCCCAUGUUUGGCAAUGGGUUGCUGCCCUUGGUCACUCUGCCAGCGGUGUCCUUCAGUAGCUUUUUAUUAAUACUUUUUAAAAAUUAAUAUAUUUAAGAUAUUUAAUACGAAGUGUGUGUGGUGGCGAAGGAAGGGAAGGAAUAAAAAAAAAAAAAGAAAAAAAGUAAAAGAAAAACC